AUGCUGAUGUCUCUGCGACCGUUGAAUCAUACCAUUCGAAGUGUCUAUGAUGUUCCAGUAAUUGCACAGCCGGAAAAUGGACGGCCAUCAACACAACGUGUAGUGAUGUUAGCCGACUGCCAUAUCACUGUAAAACAGCCUAUCGAUCCCACGGGUAUAAAAGCCACGAUCAACGGUGCUGAUAGCGAUAUCGAACUGAAGACGUUACAAAUUUCGGACGGGCUGGAGCAAUCAUCAGUGCAAGUGGUCCUUUACGCAGCACCUGCAGGAGUUGCCGAUUUCCUUGACGAACUUCAGCGCUCAUAUUCGGACCUGACCUUCUAUCCAUUGGCAGUCGACAUCGACGCUGCAGAGCAUCGUAACACCCUAUCGCUUGCUGUUGUGGAUCGCAACCGCCGAGUAAUCGCCGCAGACGAUUCGCGGGAUAUCUUGCGCAGUUUCUUCCAAAAAGACGACUUUCCGCAUACACUCCUUCAGUCAAUGAAGACGUCCUUAUGUGAUGACUAUGUGUGCAGUAAUGGAGGUAAAUGUCGCCAGAUGAUCGCACUGCACAAUGGAAGCACGUCCUUCUAUGGAUCGGAGUCCAUCUGGAGUAUUCCAAAUGGAGUUCUCACAACGAGAUGUAAAUGUGCAUUCGGCUACGGUGGUGAGUUCUGUGAUGAAGUGAAUCGGAUGCGAUGGAGCCACUUUGGAGUGUGCCUUGCCGGAAUAUGCGAAUGUCUGGCUGGCUUCGCUGGUGUCGACUGUUCCAUGCGAGUCUUUGGAAGUAACGAACGGAAACAAAAGAAACGACCAGCCGAACUAAAGAAGGCAUCGAAGAAGCGUAAGACAUCGUGCUCAGAGAUGAACUGCGGAGAUGGUGUGUGCCAUACGGAGGGUGGACGAGCGAUUUGUCACUGUGUCGGUGGCUUUCAGGCUGUCGACUGUUCAACAGCAGAACAAGCCAUUUCAACGACCUCAGGAUCUAUCACUCUUAUGCCAACUGAACAACUACGAAAAAUCCUUAGCAAUGGCACAUCAUCUCCAGCCGCUAUGGAAUUCUGUAACAACAGCCGAUCGAUAGAGAUCGAUUUUCGUACACGGAAAGCGCACGGAACAAUAGUGGCUCUGUCCUACGAAGGACAAUUCGCCGUUAUUGACGUGCACGCUUCAGUGGUACGUUACCGCGUAUUCGACAGCUACCGUACACCCGUAGAAAUCACGCUCGGCAGUCAACCAGUGGGCGACGGCAGAUGGCAUCGAGUUGUGCUCGAACUUAGUGAGGAUAGGAAAACGGUAAAUGUUACUUGUAAUUAG